CGUCCUUUUUUAAGAAGCCCUGCUUUAUUGUGAGAAAAAGCGCUUUUCAAAAGAGAUAGAGCGACCUAGAGAGAGAGAGAGAGAGAGAGAGAGAGAGAGAGAGAGAGAGAGAGAGAGGAUGGAUUGUAGUAAUAGAGGAGAGAGAUGGUCUCUUGCUGGAGCAACGGCUCUGGUCACGGGAGGCACCAAAGGGAUUGGGCAUGCCGUCGUUGAAGAGUUAGCAGGAUUUGGCGUGACAGUACAUGUAUGUGCUAGAAAUGAAGUAGAUCUCCAAAAUUGCUUGAAGAGAUGGGAUGAGAUGAAACUAAAAGUUACUGGAUCAGUGUGUGAUGUCUCUUCGAGAAGCGAAAGAGAGAAGCUGAUGGAGAGGGUUCAAUCCAUUUUCCAUGGAAAGCUCAACAUACUUGUUAACAACGCAGGGACAGGCUAUCUUAAGCCAACUACAGAGUACACAGCUGAGGACUACUCUUUUUUGAUGGCCACAAACUUUGAAUCUGCUUUCCAUUUAAGCCAAUUAGCCCACCCCCUCCUUAAGGCAUCAGGGAGGGGUAAUAUUGUCUUUGUAUCCUCCAUUGCAGGAGUUAUAGGGUUCCCUGCUCUCACCAUUUACGCCGCCACAAAAGGUGCCAUGAAUCAAGUCACGAAGAAUCUGGCCUGCGAGUGGGCGGGCGACGACAUACGCGUAAACUGCGUAGCUCCAGGGGGAAUCAAAACCCCACUCAUCAAACCACUGCUUGACAAUGCGGAGCUCACAGCAAAAGAAGCUGCUCGGGUUCCGCUCGCGCGAAUCGGCGAGCCGGAGGAGGUGGCUUCAAUGGUGGCUUUUCUUUGCAUGCCGGCCGCGUCGUACAUCACCGGCCAAGUCAUUUGUGUUGACGGCGGCCGCACCAUCAACGGUGCUUCGUAGCGUCCUCCCUAGCAGGUUUACAGAAGCUGCAGGAACUUAAUUUAAGGUGUUGAAACUUGGAAUAAAGCUUCAUCAGAUAUGUAGAAGCUCUAAUGCAAGUAUAGUUAUGGUUGGGUGUGUUAUAUUUAGUUUCAUUUCAAAUGUGUAGUGUGCUUGUAUUUUACAAAGUGUUAUUAUUCGAAACUGGGGAUGAACUGCUGCAGGAGUGAAGUUUGGUGCUUGGUUACUUUCUCUAAUAAAUUGCUAUUUGCAAGA